AUGAUACUUCGUUCCACGAUAUUUAGAAGAGAUAUCCAUACUCAUCCUCGAAGGAUCCUCCUCGGUGCCAAAAAUUCCGGUCAAUGCUUCUCCCCUUGCCUUCGACGGUAUUCGGACACCACAGAAUUGCCAAAUAAAGUGUCGUUCUUACUAAAGCAAAACGUUACACGUGAGACGCAGCCCAUUGUUGGAGUAUCAACCACCGAGAUCAAACAAAUCGUUCAGUCUAAAGAUGAAGGAAAUCUACGAUUGGAAUGGAUAGAUCCUCCCCGAUCAGUAUUAGUCGUCAAGAAAGCAUUAAGUGAACUUGCGAACAAGGCGUUCACGGAACUAGUAAAUACAUACCCGCACCUGAAUAUCAUCGUUGAGAACGAUGUCGCAGAGAAAUUUAGGGACGAAUUUCCAUAUAUAUACGUGGCACCUUUGGAGAAUAAACGGGAGUACGCGCGUGUCGUUGAUUUUGUAAUAACACUUGGUGGCGACGGGACAAUUCUACACGUUUCAUCGUUGUUCGACAAAGCCGUUCCACCGGUCGUUUCCUUCUCGAUGGGAACUUUGGGAUUCCUGUUACCAUUUCACGAUUUAAUGAUCAAAUCGGCAAUUUAUUCCUUAACUGAAUCAUCAAAUCCCUCCCGAGAAAGACAUACAACAUUAUCGACGAGCGAUCGCGGAUUUAAUCAAAGGAGGAAUUUCAUUGUUACUUCGCAUGAGAUUAACGUGCGCGUUGUGGACAGCGGAGAGGAAAAGAGAGAUUUACAGGUCAUGAACGAAGUUAAUCUGCACAGAGGAAGAUAUCCACAUUUGGCGGUCAUUAAUUGUUUUGUAGAUGAGCAGUUCUUGACGGAGGCUGUGGCGGACGGUCUUAUCGUGGCCACGCCCACCGGCUCAACAGCGUAUUCGUUAUCAGCAGGUGAUUGUCGUGUUUCGAUGUCUUACAGGUGGUCCAAUAGUUCAUCCAUCGGUUCAAGGCCUUCUUCUCACGCCGAUCUGUCCACGAUCUCUAUCGUUCCGGCCAGUCUUGAUCCCGCAAACGGCGAAAAUACAAUCAGCGAAGAAUGUAGGUCGCCCACUGAAGUUACGGUUGACGGCAGAGAAGUUUGUAUGUUGAAUAAAGGAGAUUUUUUGGAGGUGCAGACAUCGCCGUACCCGAUGCCGUGCGUAAAUAGGGUUGACGAAGGUGUAGAUUGGGUCAAGGAUAUCAACAAUUUGUUAAAGUGGAAUCAAAAUUUUGUGAACAAACAAUUACUCAUUCACGGAUUGUCAUAG